GACUACGAAUUCUCUGGUCAACGCCAAGCAGAACGGCACUCCAUUCCGGCACCUUCUGCUCCACGGAGCCCCCGGCACCGGCAAGACGCUCUUCGCGCGAACGCUGGCCAGGCAGUCAGGCUUGGACUACGCGAUCAUGUCGGGCGGGCGACGUCGGGCCGCUCGGCAAGGAUGCGGUUCACGAGCUGAACAAGCUCUUCCAGUGGGCGCAGUCAUCGAGGCACGGGUCGCCUGGGCCCACGGCUGGGCGGAGCUAA